AUGCAUUCCAAAAGUGAGGAUGUCUGUACUCUUCCCGCAGUCACUGGACCGUGUCGUGCCAACAGGCGUCGCUUUUACUACAAUUCUGUUUCCGAUCUGUGCGAGCUCUUCCGGUAUGGUGGUUGUCAAGGAAACAGAAACAACUUCCCCUCUCUACAAGCCUAUCAGCAGAGGUGUGGAGGAGAUGGCGGUAUUUUUCCACCAGGAAGUCCUUGCUCUUUACCGCAUGCGCAGUCCGGUAAUUGCCAAGCCUUCUUCCCGUCGUGGACCUAUAACCCAGUCACCCAGCGUUGUCAGGAGUUUGUGUACGGCGGAUGUGGAGGAAACUGGAACCGGUUUAACUCACUGAUGGACUGUCGCCGGAUAAGUGUAAACGGGGGAGGCGGAGGAGAUAUCACGCCAUGUGAGACCAUUAUUCAGAAAAUAUCUUGA